AAGUUUGAAGCUUUUUCGUUUGUUCUGUUCAAAAAAUGGAACCAAGAAUUCAGUUGCUUUUUCUUCUCUUCGUUUUUAUCCAACUUUACAUCAUAACAGCAGUUACUGAUCGUUAUGAUGGUCUCCAUAGAUUGUGGAUACAGCGCUACAAACAUGAAAGAGAGAGAAUUGUCUAGUUCUCAAGUUUGAAGCUUUUUUUGUUUGUUCUGUUCAAAAAAAUGGAACCAAGAAUUCAGUUGCUUUUUCUUCUGAUUGUUUUUAGCCAACUUUACAUCAUAGCCGCAGUUACUGAUCAUGGUGAUGACUCCAAAAUUCAUACUGCCGUAUCGAGUGAAACUACAUUCAUUUUUGAUUCUGGUGCAGCUGCUGCUCUAAUUUCACUCAAGGCUGAGUGCAAGAACUCACCCCACAAUUGGUCGGGCUCAGAUCCUUGUGGUGAUGGCUGGGUAGGAAUUGGGUGCACGAAUUCACGUGUCACCUCGAUAACAUUGGGAAACUUGGGCUUGGAAGGGCAGGUGUUUGGUGACAUUCCAUCCUUAACUGAAUUACAGACUUUGGAUCUAUCUUACAACAAGCGCCUGACAGGAUCUCUUCCAGAAAAAAUUGGGAAUUUAACGAAGCUAACAAUUUUGGAUCUAUCUUACAACGAGGGCCUGACAGGAUCUCUUCCAGCAUCAAUUGGGAAUUUAAAGAAGCUAACAAGCUUAAACCUUAUUGGCUGUGGUUUCACUGGUACAAUUCCUGACACUAUAGGAAAUCUACAACAGCUGACCAUGUUAUCUCUAAAUUCCAACAACUUCAGAGGACAAAUUCCACCAUCUAUUGGUAAUCUCUCAAAUCUAUACUGGCUGGAUUUGACUGACAACCAAAUAGAGGGACCAAUUCCUGUGUCAAAUGAAACUACGCCUGGCCUUGACAUGUUGGUCAAUACCAAGCAUUUUCAUUUCGGACAGAAUCAACUUUCAGGCCAAAUCCCAGAGCAAAUUUUCAGCUCAAACAUGACUCUGAUACAUGUGUUAUUUGACAGCAACAAACUCACCGGUCCUAUCCCUUCAACCCUUGGGCUUGUGCAAUCUUUACUGGUGAUACGUUUUGAUAACAAUUCCUUAGGUGGGAGUGUUCCGUCAAAUCUCAACAAUCUCACAAGUCUUCAAGAAUUGUAUUUGUCUAACAAUAACCUGAAUGGCCCUUUACCCUCCCUUACUGGCAUGAGUGAUCUCAACAACUUGGACUUGAGUAAUAAUACAUUCAGUACCUCUGUGAUUCCUACAUGGGUUUCAUCUUUGUCAUCCUUAACAACACUAGGGAUGGAAAGCACUCAACUUCAAGGUGAAGUUCCUGUCAACCUUUUCAGCCUUCCAAAUUUGCAGACUGUGUGCGUAUCAGCUUCACCUCAUGCAAUACCAUUCCUUGUCCAAGAUGUUCACAACUCUGGUAAGGGAUUUAGUAACCAAUUGCGCCGCAUAGACUUGCAAAAGAAUCUGAUUAGUGAGUUCAAUGGAACAGAAGGAUAUGACAUUCAGAUAAUACUUGCUGAUAACCCAAUUUGUGAAGAGACAGGCGCAACAAAAACUUACUGUGUAGUUCCAAAAUCAAUUUCCACUUACUUGUAUACUACCCCUACCAACAACUGCCUACCUGCUACAUGCAGUUCAGACCAGACAUCUCUGAUGCAGUUCUUCCAAUCCAACAAUCUUCUUGUUGAUUCGGUUUCACUAUGGGUUUCUACAAUUGCAUUUAUAUUUAGCAACCAAUCUUACCAGGCACCAUCUAAUCUUUAUGGACCUUAUUUUUUCGUUGGUGAUGCUUACAACCACUUUUCAGAUACUCCAAAAUCACUUACCGGCAUCAUUAUUGGAGCAGCUGUUGGUGGUUCUGUGCUUCUACUACUUUCACUGAUUGCUGGGGUUUAUGCUUUUCGUCAAAAGAGGAAGGCAGAAAGAGCAAGCCUAGAGAGCAACCCCUUUGCACACUGGGAUGUUAAGAAAAGCAACGGAAGCAUUCCUCAGUUAAAAGGUGCAAGAUGUUUCUCUUUUGAGGAGCUUAAGAAAUAUACAAAUAACUUUUCAGAGGCCAACGAUAUUGGAUCUGGGGGUUAUGGAAAGGUUUAUAAGGGAACUCUUCCUAGUGGAGAGCUGGUUGCGAUCAAACGAGCCCAGCAAGGAUCAAUGCAGGGUGGGCUAGAAUUCAAGACAGAGAUUGAACUUCUGUCUAGAGUCCAUCAUAAGAAUGUUGUCGAUCUAUUAGGAUUUUGUUUUGAGCAAGGUGAACAAAUGCUAAUAUAUGAAUAUGUUCCAAACGGCUCUUUGUAUGAAACUCUAUCAGGAAAGUCAAGAAUCAGACUGGAUUGGAGUAGGCGACUCAAAAUAGCCCUUGGUGCAGCUAGAGGCCUAACAUAUCUGCAUGAACUUGCCAAUCCUCCCAUCAUACAUAGGGACAUUAAAUCGACUAACAUAUUAUUGGAUCAGAGCCUUACUGCUAAAGUUGCUGAUUUUGGUCUUUCCAAGCUGAUAAGUGACACUGAAAAAGGUCAUGUUACCACACAAGUCAAAGGGACAAUGGGUUAUUUGGAUCCUGAAUAUUAUAUGACCCAGCAGCUCACUGAGAAGAGUGAUGUUUAUAGUUUUGGGGUGCUUUUGUUAGAGAUGAUAACUGGAAGAAGACCAAUAGAGCGAGGGAAGUAUAUUGUAAGAGAGGUGAAAAUGGCAAUGGAUAAGACAAAAGACUUGUAUAGUCUUCGUCAGAUUCUUGACCCAUCCAUUGCGGAUACAAGCCUGAAAGGUUUAGAAAAGUUUGUGGACCUAGCAAUGAGCUGUGUGGAAGAAUCAGGAGCUGACAGGCCUACAAUGGGUAAAGUGGUAAAAGAGAUUGAAAACAUCAUGCAGAUUGUCGGGAUGAAUCCCAAUGCUGAGUCAGCCACAAGUUCGUCAAGUUAUGAGGUGGCACCAAAGGGAAGUAGCCUUCAUCCAUACAGUGAUGAGUCCUUUGCUUAUAGUGGUGCAUUUCCAGUUUAAAAAGUUUGAACAUAUGUUGAGUUGGAUUUCAGUUUAGUUUUUGGAGAAAACAGCUUUUGUGGCUAGCAUUUAGUUUGACA